UGGUUUCCUUUGCGCUGUUCUGUCACUGUUUUGGGUCGGCACUGAUUUUUAAUACCACGCGACUCAAGCCCCUUUACACGUGGGGCUGUGAUGUGAACCCACUGAGGACGGGGUCCGUGACUUCCAAUAGCGCUUUGCUUUGGGUUUGAAAGGAGGGCCAAGUACGUCCAUGAGCUCUGCUAACGCUGCGCUCGCUGUCCUGGCUUCCUUCGCGUGAUUUCGGAAUAUUAAGUCAACUGUUAAAAUGGAGCUUGACAUCCAGUGUGAGGAGAUGAGCCCAUCUAGAUGGGCUGAACUUCUGUCCGCAAUGAAAUCCUGCAAAUCCAUCAGGUUGGAUGACUGCAAUCUCUCCAGCAGUAACUGUGAGGAUCUCUCCUCCAUCAUCAAUACGAAUCCGUCCCUCACAGAACUGAAGCUGAACAAUAAUGAACUGGGAGAUGCAGGCAUUGAAUACCUGUGUAAAGGGUUGCUGACACCAAGCUGUAGCCUACAGAAGUUAUGGCUGCAAAACUGCAAUCUGACGAGUGCCAGCUGUGAGACUCUCCGCUCUGUCCUCAGUGCACAGCCGUCCCUGACAGAGCUGCAUGUAGGUGAUAACAAACUGGGAACUGCUGGAGUGAAGGUGCUGUGUCAAGGGAUGAUGAACCCCAACUGUAAGCUGCAGAAGCUGCAGCUGGAGUAUUGCGAACUCACAGCUGAUAUCGUGGAAGCUCUCAAUGCCGCUUUGCAAAGCAAGCCCACCCUGAAGGAGCUCAGCCUGAGUAACAACACGCUGGGAGAUACAGCUGUAAAGCAGCUGUGCCGGGGACUGGUGGAGGCAAGCUGCAACCUAGAGUUACUACACCUGGAGAACUGUGGCAUAACCAGCGAUAGCUGUCGGGAGAUUAGUGCUGUUCUCAGUAACAAGUCAUCACUGAUAGAUCUCUCUGUGGGGGAUAACAAGAUCGGGGACUCCGGUCUGGCUCUGCUGUGCCAGGGACUGAUGCAUCCUAACUGCAAAAUCCAGAAACUAUGGUUAUGGGACUGUGAUCUCACAAGUGCUAGCUGUAAAGAUCUCUCCAGACUCAUCAGUACAAAAGAGACCCUCACAGAGAUCAGUCUGAUAGACAAUAACCUGAGAGACUUGGGGAUGGAAAUGCUGUGUCAGGCACUCAAGGAUCCCAGAUCUAAACUCCAGGAGCUAUGGAUUAGGGAGUGCGGGCUCACGACUGCUUGCUGCAAGGCUCUCAGCUCUGCUGUCAGCGUGAACAAGCACUUGAAAGUACUGCACAUGGGCGAGAACAAGUUGGGAGAUGCAGGUGUUGAACUCAUGUGUGAAGGGCUGCUGCACCCCAACUGCAACAUCCAGUCUCUGUGGCUGGGUAACUGCGAUCUCACGGCAGCCUGCUGUGCAACCCUCGCCACCGUCAUGGCUACCAAGCAGUGCCUUACUGAGCUGGACCUGAGCUACAACUCUCUGGAAGAUGAAGGCAUCAGGAAGAUCUGUGAGGCCUUGAGGAAUCCCAGCUGCAACAUGCAGCAGUUAAUUUUAUAUGACAUUUUCUGGAGUUCUGAAGUGGAUGAUGAACUGAGAGCCCUGGAAGAGUCCAAGCCUGAAAUGAAGAUCAUUUCAUGAGUGGUGUCUGCCCGCAGAGCAACAUCAAAGCAAUGUCUUUUUCUUAAUCUGAACUUUUUCAUACAUAAAGCUAAUUAACUUAAUAGAAAAUUUGCUUGUACUGAAAACGUUUGUGGAUUCCCUGAGUGGGUGUCCAGGAAGCUGAUCAACCUGUACAUCUCUGGAUGUACUAACUCCAAGGCUUGUGAAAGCAUUGUAUGUUUUCACUGCAGCAUUACUAUCCUUGAAAUAACCAAUUACUGGGCAUCUUCUACAAGUGGGUCUCUACCCUUUAGGAGUUCUUUAAUCCUAUAAUCCCUUCUAAUACAUAAGGUCAGGGUUUAAAGAGAGCUCCUUUCCAAAGGCAGGAGGAGGACUACCUUUCUGUAUUAUUACUGGAUGGUGCUUUUGCCAGGUCUCUGGGGAAGGAUCUCCAAAAAAAAAAAACCCCAAAUGUUUUUUGAUCUAAAAUGGAGCUCUCCCCUGCCUCUCCUUAGAAGAGUUCUUGGAAAAGCAGCAGUGGCCAAGGCACUAGAAAAGACAGAAAUGAGCAGCUCUUCAGCUAUGUAACUUCAAAAUUGGUGUCCCCUGAAAAGUGAUUUUCUUACAAAUUUAGAUGCUGUGUGCAUUUCUGCUAGUACAGGAAAUGAUGAAAUAGUUUGAUGUGUUUGCUCUGGCAAGAGUGGUUCUACAGGAACUUUAUUAAAGUCUGUUUGCAAAUAAUUAAA